GCUAGGUGGCGUUUUAUACCGGCAAAAUUUGUAAACAUUAAACAGCAAGAGCGUAACAUAAACGUUGAAGUAAAUAUUUAGAAAUGGUGAAACUUUUGGCAGUGAGGAAUCUGUUACAGUCUCAGUCUAAGCGAACUAUCUGGGGAUGGUUAAACACAAUCACCAACAAAGUGGAUGAGUCGAGAAUCAAGGAUGUUGGACCAGACAGAGCUGCAGCAGAGUGGCUUCUUCGUUGUGGAGCAGGUGUGAGAUGGAAGGACAAGGAAUCUGUUCUCAAAGACUACAACAGCUUGCCUCCCGGGGGCUACCGAAGUUUGUUGAUUGAAGAAAUUGAUGCUACAGGAUCAUGUAUCAUGUCAGUUGGAUUUCCUCACUUGAGAGGACUUGAUCAUUUGAAAAAACUAACCCUUCACAAAUGCAACUACUUGGACAACGAAGCCCUGCCCAUGCUGGCAGCAGUCAAAAGUUCACUUGAAGAACUUCAGUUGAGCAGCUGUGGUGACAUUAGUGAUUCAGCCAUAAAAUCACUGUCGUGUCUCUCCAACUUGCGUCACUUGCUCCUCUAUGAUUUGCCGGAAGUCACCAACAGAGAAGGCUGCAUAGAGUUCCUGCAUUCGGCUCUUCCAAAGUGUGACAUCGAGUUCCCCUACGCCAGAGUCAGCGAACUCAAAACCGAUAAAGAAUAAUAUCGAUUUUCAAUAGUUUUAUUAAGUCUUGAUGUUUGUUGAACCGACUGUAUUUGUUUCCGCUCAGAAUGCGACGAGACUCGCGUAAAUCACAUAAAUACAUUAAUAACAAAUCA